AUGCAGAAAAUGACGAACCGUUUCCCCGAGGAAGUUCUCGAGUACGUGUUUUCGUUCGUUCAAUGUGACAAAGAUCGAAACUCCAUCUCUUUAGUGUGUAAGUCGUGGUACGAGAUUGAACGGUGGUGCAGAAGGCAGAUUUUCGUAGGGAACUGCUAUGCCGUGAGUCCUGUCACGGUGACGAAACGGUUCCCGGAGUUGAGAUCCAUUUCGUUGAAAGGCAAACCGCACUUUGCGGACUUCAAUUUGGUGCCUGAAGGUUGGGGAGGUUACGUGAGUCCGUGGAUCGCGGCUAUGGCGUGUGGUUUGCCAUUGCUUGAAGAGGUUCGGCUCAAGAGGAUGGUUAUAACGGAUGAGAGCUUGGAGCUUAUUGCGAAAUCGUUUAAGAAUUUUAAAGUUUUGGUUCUUAUUUCGUGUGAGGGUUUCACUACGGAUGGACUUGCCGCCAUUGCUUCUAAUUGCAGGAAUUUGAAGGAAUUGAACUUGCAGGAGAGUGAACUGGAGGACCUUAGUGGGCAUUGGCUAAGCCAAUUCCCUGAUUCUUACACAUCAUUAGUUUCACUUAACAUCUCUUGCUUGAACAAUGAGGUGAGUUUGCCCGCACUAGAGCGCCUGCUUGGUAGGUGUCCUAACCUCCAGACUCUUCGUCUCAAUCAUGCUGCGCCCCUUGAUAAACUGCCGAACUUACUCAGCCGAUGUCCUCAGCUGGCUGAGUUAGGCACAGGAAUCUACUCAGCUGAGAUGCGUCCAGAGGUCUUCUCAAACCUAGUAACAGCAUUUUCUGGGUGCAAGCAAUUGAAGAGCUUGUCUGGUUUUUGGCAAGUUCUGCCAUCCUACCUUCCGGCACUAAAUCCGGUCUGCUCUAGGCUAACAUCACUAAACCUGAGUUAUGCUGUCAUUCAAAGCUCCGAUCUUAUCAAGCUUGUUGGUCAAUGCUCCAAUUUGUUGCGGUUAUGGGUGCUUGAUUACAUAGAAGAUGCUGGUCUUGAUGUUGUUGCUGCUUCAUGCAAGGAUCUACAGGAGUUGAGGGUGUUUCCUUCUGAUCCAUUUGGUUUAGAACCAAAUAUUGCGUUGACAGAACAGGGUCUUGUCUCUGUAUCUAAAGGCUGUCCAAAGCUCCAGUCCAUUCUAUAUUUUUGUCGUCAAAUGUCUAAUGCUGCUCUAAAUACUAUUGCGCAGAAUAGGCCUAAUUUGACUCGCUUUCGCCUGUGUAUUCUGGAGCCUCGAACUCCUGACUAUCUUACCCUUCAACCACUGGAUUCUGGUUUUGGAGCUAUUGUAGAGCAUUGUAAGGAUCUUCGGCGCCUUUCCCUUUCUGGCCUUCUAACUGAUCGUGUUUUUGAGUAUAUUGGAACUCAUGCAAAGAAGCUGGAGAUGCUAUCUGUUGCCUUUGCUGGAGAGAGCGAUUUGGGUCUCCAUUAUUUACUGUCCGGGUGUGAUAAUCUUAGGAAGCUAGAGAUUAGGGACUGCCCCUUUGGCGACAAGGCUCUCUUGGCCAAUGCGGCCAAACUCGAGACAAUGCGAUCCCUUUGGAUGUCCUCGUGCCCAGUGAGUUAUGGAGCAUGUAAGCUGCUGGGUCAGAAAAUGCCCAGACUUAAUGUUGAAGUCAUCGAUGAAAGAGGACCUCCAGAUUCAAGGCCAGAUAGUUGUCCUGUUGAGAAGCUUUAUAUAUACAGGAGUACUGCUGGGCCAAGGUUAGACAUGCCUGGUUUUGUCUGGACAAUGGAGGAUGAUUCCUCCCUACUGCUGGAGCAACCUAGCAGUGUAUAG